CUGUCUCACGCAACAAAGAGUCGUUCCGUUCACUCGGCCCGGGUCUCGUCUUUCUUCCUGCCAUCCCCAGCCAGCAUCUUCACUCCCACGCGUCAAGUCAACAAGAGUCCCCCUGAACAAAAAAAGACAAGCCCAGCGUCGACCGCAGCCAUGGCCGACGUCCACGUCGCAGACGCCCCAGAGGGCCGCAAGCAGUCCAUCGGCAUCCAUACCACCCAGGAUGUCGAGCACAUCGAGGCUCCCAUCACCUGGAAGGCCUACCUGAUGUGUGCCUUUGCCUCGUUCGGUGGUAUCUUCUUCGGCUACGACUCCGGUUACAUCAACGGCGUCAACGGCUCUGCCAUCUUCUACAAGGCCGUUGAGGGCAUCAACGCCACCAAGCUCAGCGACAGCCACACCUCCCUCAUCACCUCCAUUCUCUCCUGCGGUACCUUCUUCGGUGCCCUCAUCGCCGGUGACGUUUCCGACUGGAUUGGCCGCAAGUGGACCGUCAUCAUUGGCUGUGUCAUCUACAUGCUCGGUGUCGUUGUCCAGAUGAUCACUGCUCCAAACCACGCUCUGGGUCCCAUCGUUGCCGGUCGUCUGAUUGCCGGUCUCGGUGUCGGCUUCGAGUCCGCCAUUGUCAUUCUGUACAUGUCUGAGAUUUGCCCCCGCAAGGUUCGUGGUGCCCUCGUCGCCGGCUACCAGUUCUGCAUCACCAUCGGUAUCCUGCUCGCCUCCUGCGUCGUCUACGGCACCAAGGACUUCACCAACACCGGUGCCUACCGCAUCCCCAUUGCCCUCCAGUUCCCCUGGGCCCUGAUCCUCGGUGGCGGUCUGCUCUUCCUCCCCGACUCCCCCCGUUACUUCGUCAAGAAGGGCGAGAUCCAGAAGGCUAUCAACUCUCUGUCUCGCGUCCGUGGCCAGCCUGAGGACUCCGAGUAUGUCCAGAACGAGCUUGCUGAGAUUAUCGCCAACGAGGAGUACGAGCGUGCUCUGAUCCCCUCCACCACCUGGUUCGGCUCUUGGGCCAACUGCUUCAAGGGCUCUCUGUGGACCGGCAAGUCCAACCUGCGACGAACCAUCCUCGGUACCUCUCUCCAGAUGAUGCAGCAGUGGACCGGUGUCAACUUCAUCUUCUACUACUCCACUCCCUUCCUCCAGUCCACCGGCGCCAUCAAGAACUCGUUCCUCAUCUCCCUCAUCUUCUCCCUGGUCAACGUCUGCUCUACUCCCCUGUCCUUCUGGACCGUUGAGCGAUUCGGCCGUCGUACCAUCCUCAUCGCGGGUGCCUUCGGUAUGCUCAUCUGCCAGUUCCUCGUAGCCAUCAUUGGUGUCACCGUCGGCUUCAACAAGACCCACCCCGACCCCAGCAACCCCGACGCUGCUCUGGCCGACAACAUCCCCGCUGUCAACGCCCAGAUCGCCUUCAUCGCCAUCUUCAUCUUCUUCUUCGCCUCCACCUGGGGUCCCGGUGCCUGGAUCGUCAUUGGUGAAAUCUUCCCUCUGCCCAUCCGAUCUCGUGGUGUCGCUCUGUCCACCGCCUCCAACUGGCUGUGGAACACCAUCAUCUCCGUCAUCACCCCCUACAUGGUCGGCACUGACAAGGGCAACCUGAAGUCGUCCGUCUUCUUCAUCUGGGGCGGCCUCUGCACCUGCGCCUUCGUCUACUCUUACUUCCUCAUCCCCGAGACCAAGGGCCUGUCUCUCGAGCAGGUCGACAAGAUGAUGGAGGAGUCCAGCCCCCGCACCUCCUCCAAGUGGAAGCCCACCACCACCUUUGCCGCUCAGAUGGGCACUGGUGAGUACAUUGAGAAGCCUACCGCCGAGGUCUAAAGGACUCUCCUGCUUCCGGAUGGAUGCUUGAGAUGUUUCUUUCUUGCCUUUUUUGUUUCUCCUUUUGUUUUAUCAAAGCUUUUUCCUUUAUAACGCGGUGGGGUGGGCGGCUGCAGGUAAUGGCUAGCUUCUGCAGCUUUUUGACGAAAUCAUACCCAGGGCCACUACGGAGUGUGUCCGUCGAGAUGUAUCUGACGACGUGAAGACGUUUUUGUAAUGCGGUAGAUGUGGACAUACACUAGCUACAAAUGCGAACAACUUUCCAAAGAAAAAAGAAACUGCUCUUCUUUUGCGCUUCCAAGGUUGUUCUUCCGAACCCUUUGAUAGCUGCACUUUUCUAUCUAUACUUUUAAUAAGAUCACUUGUUUGAUC